CUACUUUAUGUUCCACAUAAAUGCAGGUACUAAAAGUUUUGAAGCUCAGUACAAAAUUUGUUGCAUUGGUUACUUGUCGGCGCCUUCUCUCGAACAAUAGUGUCAAAAUGGAUUCUUCUUCAUCCUCCAGUGAUUCUGAACCUGGAAACAUAGAGACAGGUUACAUUCCAAUUGAGACAUGGAUAACCCGCAGAGAAGAGGAUGAGGAAAUUCACUCUGCUGUGUCUUCAGGAGAUGCGGAUAGUAUAUUUAGUGCAAUUAUGUAUCUAGCUACCGACAGCAGGUUUUGGAUUAGUGGAAUUAUAUCACAUUUGAUGGGUCGUAUGGUUAAUCCCAAGCCAAAAUAUUCUCAUAUGCUCUUUUCACCUUUAGAAAAAUGUCUGUAUCACCACAUAAACUGUGAACUGCAUAACCACGGACCGGAGGUGUUGAAAGGAAUUGUUCUUAUGGGAACUGCUAUCGAACGACCAGAAAAUAUUCAGCUGAUAAGUACGCUUUUAGAUUUGGGCUGCAAUAUAAAUAGCAAGGACGAAAGAUCACGGAAUAUUCUACACCGAUUGGCCCUUAAGUAUUUCCCUUCUAGACCUUAUCUGCAAGUAGCAGAGCUGAUGGUUAAACGAGGAAUUAAUAUAAACGCGAUAAAUGAUUAUGAUCAGACUCCUUUGGAAUAUGCAGUUGCGCAAAAUAAUGAAGAACUGGUGCGCUUUCUUCUGAGAAAUGGACCAACAAGGGUAUUUGUCAAAUAUCAGAAUAUUGCACAUUAUGCGCUCGAGAAGAAAAGUAUAUCAUGUCUUCAUGCCAUUAUCAAAUUUUAUUUAGUUAGAAAAUUUCAAGGAAAGGAAGUGGACGAAAAUAUUAUGAUUUAUAUCUCAAAGGAGAUUAGCGAACAUUUUCACAUUUGUUUGGAUGAUUUUGAAUCUCUCAGGCAGAAUAUUGAAUAUACGAAUGUGUCGCUAUUCGAUAUUCUCUUCAAACGUGAAGAAGAUGUGGUAAAGUACUUCAGAAACAAGAACGUUGUAUCAGAGGUUCGGCGAAAAAUAAUGGAAAAAUUUGAGUUCAGUUAUGAGCUUGCAGAAAUUCUGGAUAAUGCUCUAGAUAGAAUAUCUGUUGGAGAUUCAUCUCAAGAAAAUAGCAGGCGUAAGAAACAUGCUCCAUGGGAGGAUUGAACGAUCUGAAGAAGCAUAAAAUUAUUGACAAUGGUGAUAACUUGAUUACUUCUCCUAGAUUAAUUAAUAUAUUUUCGAGCAAUUUUAUGAGAAGAUCCACUGUUAAAUAUAUGCGAAACAACCAUGGAGUCAAUAGAUAUAUCAUGGAGAGUCUUCUGAUUUCUUCUACGAUAUUAUGAAUGUUAGGGACGAGGCUUUAAUGAGGAUAAAUCUUGUAGAUUCAUCCAAGGAAAAGUUCAGAUGUUUGUUUGGAUUACCUAGGGAGUGGUCUGAAGUGAUUUUAUCUCAUCUUAAAGACGAUGAAUUGAAAAAACUUUCAAUCGCUUGGGAACAUUGAACGCGAGUGAAAAAAAUUUCAAAAUAGAAUUGAACGGAGAGUAGGUAUGGACUGCAAACUUUUGCAUUGAUAACCAAAAAAAAAACUUGAUCUUGUAAAUAAGCUUCUAUAUUUGUAAUAUCAAUGAUACAGGAAUAUACUGCAUCGAUUAUAAGAUAAAGAGUUAUUAUCUAUAUUUACAGAUGAUAUGUAUAUUUACAAUUGUCUUUUAUUCAUACAAAUUUAUAAGAAUUAAAUAAAUUAAAACAAUAUCAAAUGAAGUAUUUUCACUUAUACCCUGCACAUAGAAUGAUUAAUAGGCUUUGAAAAAUAUGGAUUGAAAAAGUGAAAAAUAUGCAUACAAAUGUGCAUCUGAAAUAUUAAAAUUGAGCAUAUAAAUAACCAUUAAAAAAAUCGUUCAUUAGAUUCGAAUAAAGUAGUUAAAGUUCAAAUAAGUGGAAGCAACAGCAGAAUUCCAUUCAGAUGUUGUAAAUAUUUGAAAAAAUUGAAAUAUUCAAAUAAUAUUUUUAUAUAAAUCCGACUAUACUUUUUCCUGUAAAACUACUAUUAUUGAAUUCACUCAUCCCAUCAAAAACAUUUUCAACGUAUCGUAUGCUACUAUCUCAAGAAAAUCUCUUUUUUUCUCAUUCCCAAAUAGCCUUGACUAAACAAGUAAAAUUACAUUGAAUUGAAAUUAAAUCUUCGCGUAAAGCUUUUUGCGUUAAAGAAUUUUGAGCAUUCGUUAUGUUUUACGCUCCUUCAGAAUGGAAAUCGUUAAAAAUUUGGACAAUAAGUUCUGAAUGUUGAACGUAUUCAAUAGCUUGCAGCUGUAUUCCAGGUGUCCAACCUUGUAACAAAUCGGGGAUAAUCCCCACCACCAAUUUCUACAAAGGAUACCGCACACUUAAUUCGGAAAAAUUAUCUCGUAUUAAAUUAGCUGAAUUUUUAAUAGGUUGUAGUCCAAGUCAUUCCAAACAAAAAGUUCGAUAGGAAAAAGUUUUUCUAUAGGUUAGUUUUGACGCUAGAAGCCUCUGAAAACCGACAUUUGUUUUCCAUUGUUUAACAAAACGAAACGAUAUCUUGGAUAAUGAUCACUAUUCUGAGUAAUCGAGUGACCAGUCAUUAAUCUAUAAAAAGCAUUUUCAUUUGGUAUUGCUAUAUUUGGUCAAUUAUUUAGUGUGUUCCAGCUAUAAUUACAAAUUCUUAAUUUCAAUUAUUUGAAAAUUGUUACAAAUCGCCUUAGCGGUAUACAAUGAAAAAAAGUUUAUGAAUCCUAUUCCACACCUUAUUUCACAUCACAUUCGAAAAAAUAUACGGAGUGUUUGAGUUACACUCAAUAGUAAGCGAAAGUUUUAAUCUCCAAGUAUCAGGGAUAAAUUUAUUGGGCUAUUAGAGGACAGUUGAUAAAACUGAAAGUUUGUAGAACGAGUUCUUUUAUUUACAUAUUUAUUAGUCAAUGAGACUCUGAAAUUAUAUUAAACAAGAUUGCUCAUGAUGAAGACCGAUGCAAAUAUAUCCAAUAUUUUACUGAAUUUAUCGCAUUCAAUUAUCAGUAUUAGAUAUUCAAGAAAUGUAUAUGGAUAUAUUCAAAUAUUCAUGACAAUAAUUAUUUUCAAAAAGCUAACAUUUCAGCUGUUAUUUGAUGUAUUUAAUAUACAUAAUAUUAUAAUAUAUAUUAAUUCAUUAUUUUUUUAUAAGUUACUUUAAUCAGAUUUCGGCAUAUUGAGAUCAAAUCUUAAUUAUAUAGGCACCGGCAAAAUUAGGGAGAUGGACAAAAUCUCAACGAAGUUUGUCGUUCAUUUUCUCGCCCAUUUUAGCAAUUUUUCUUGUAAAUUGUACCUUCAUUCAUCGGGAAUCAAUUUAGACAAUCCUAAACGUUCAAUACUUAAAUACUUAUUCCUUAUUUCAUCGUUCUAUUGAAAAUUCAAAUAAAUCCAAUGAACUAUUAUUUUAUUUUUUUUUCUAGAUAACGGUCGCAGAUGUGUGUAACAUAAAAAGGACUAACCAGUUCGUGAAUAAAACAAAAAAUCAUUUCGUACCUAUGUUAGAAUCCACAAGCGGCUCGUUGAAGAAAUUUUUUGGGUAGAAAAAAAGCAUGACCUCUGUGAGAUUAAUUCUUAAAAGCAAUCAAUUUUCCGAAUAUGAUCUUGAUACAACUGAAACUGCUACGGAGAAAAAUUCAAAUUCAGAUACUCCUGGUUUAAAGUAAAAGCUUUCCUCUUAUUUUUGUGUUUAUUUCGAUGAAUUGCAAAAUUCUUAUUUACUAGGUACUUCGUUUAUAAUAAUUGAUUCUUGAUAUAUUUCACGAACGAAAUAUUAAGUUGGAAAUAAUUCUCCUUUGGGUAACUACCUACUCCAUUAAAAUAAGCUUAGUUAUUCAACUUCAAUAAUUUUUGAAGUCCGUACCUACUUUAUGUUCCACAUAAAUACAGGUACUAAAAGUUUUGAAGCUCAGUUCAAAAUUUGUUGCAUUGGUGACUUGCCGGCUUCU